AAAAUCCCAUAACUAUCGCAGCUCUGUCCACAUCAUCAGACCAGGAAGGCGAUCCAACGAGCAGCAUUACCUGCAACCAAGAUCGACGACGUGGCAGGACCUCUGAGUUCUUUUGGCGAGUUCCCUAAUGUACCGGAUCAUUUCGCGUGCGCAAUUACUUUUGAGCCCAUCCGUUUCUCUUGAAAGGGAGUUGGAAAAUCUCUGAAAGCGGGAGACGGAGAUCGCAACACGCCCACCGAGGUUGAGACGCGCACACAGAGGACUGGAGCGACCUUAUUGAAUCUCAGCCGUUGGUCCAGCCGGAUCUUGAACCUCAACCGUUCGUUCCCGGGCUGCACCGUUCGGCGGGGAAACAUUCGAAUCUCCGCAUUAUCAGGUGGACUCCUCAAUGUAGCAAUUUUGCCACAUCAGUUCUCUGUCUCGUCAUACUUUACAAUGUGAGAAUUAUUUAGGCAGUUUGAUCCUCUAGACUGAUAUGAUUGAUUGGGCCACAAAGUAUUUGAUGUUUCUAUUGGUGCCGGCAUUUGAAUUUGGGGUUUGCCUGAGGGAGAAUCUCUGGACUGGUGCUACCUCUGCUGCCGGCAUUUGGAAUUUCUUCUGUGCUUCAUUUCAUGUAUCCUGAUUUGGAUAACCCUGUACAGCUCCCUACAGCAGUUGCCAACUUCAAAAUAGCCCCCAGCCAUGAGUAUCUUGGGAAUAAGAGGAUCGAGGGAAAAUCACCUAGGAAAAGACGCAUUUUUGUUCAAACUGAAACCGGCUCUGUUUUGGGCAUUGAGCUAGAUGGGAGUGACAAUGCCCGUACAGUGAAAAAGAGAUUGCAGUUGGCCCUGAAUGUCCCAGCAGAGAAGUGCUCAUUAACAUAUGGGGAUAUAGUAUUAAAGAAUGAUCUCAGCAAUGUGAGAAAUGAUAGUCCACUUCUCCUUACAAAAAAUUCUCUGCACAGGAGCUCAUCUACGCCAUGUCUCUCACCUUCUGGAAAGGAUACUCAGCAGGGAGAUGCAAGUGGUCCGGUUGAGAUAUUAGGGUGCUCAGAUCAUUUUGCUAUGGCUGAAGAGUUGGUGAAAGAUGUUGUGAAGGCAAUAGAGAAUGGCAUUGAUCCAGUCCCCAUUUGUAGUGGGCUUGGAGGAGCUUAUUAUUUGAAGAAUUGCACUGGUGAGAAUGUCGCCAUAGUGAAGCCAACAGAUGAGGAACCUUUUGCUCCAAACAACCCAAAAGGUUUUGUAGGCAAAACACUAGGUCAACCUGGGCUGAAGCCAUCAGUGCGGGUUGGGGAGACAGGUUUCAGAGAAGUUGCAGCUUACCUUCUUGAUUAUGAUCAUUUUGCCAAUGUCCCUCCUACUGCACUUGUGAAGAUCACACAUCCUAUCUUUAACGUCAAUGAUGGGGUUAACACAAACAAGCAUCAACAACUGAUGCAUGCUAGCAAGAUUGCAUCAUUCCAGCAAUUCAUUCCGCAUGAUUUUGAUGCCAGUGAUCAUGGGACCUCUAGCUUUCCUGUGGCUGCCAUACAUAGGAUUGGAAUAUUAGAUAUUCGUAUUUUAAAUACAGAUAGGCAUGCCGGAAAUCUUUUGGUUAAGAAGCUUGAUGGGGUUGGGCGAUUUGGUCAGGUGGAGUUGGUCCCCAUUGAUCAUGGCCUUUGCCUUCCUGAGAGCUUGGAGGACCCAUACUUUGAGUGGAUCCAUUGGCCACAGGCUUCAAUUCCUUUCUCAGAAGACGAACUUGAGUAUAUAAGUCAUCUUGACCCUGUUCGGGAUUCUGAAAUGCUGCGGAUGGAGUUACCAAUGAUUCGAGAGGCAUGCCUAAGGAUCUUGGUUCUUUGCACUACUUUUCUCAAGGAAGCAGCGGCUUUUGGUCUGUGUCUUGCAGAAAUUGGUGAGAUGAUGAGUAGGGAGUUCCGUGGCCAUGAAGAAGAGCCAAGCGAGCUUGAGAUCAUAUGCAUGGAGGCAAGGAAGCUUUUAGAGGAAGGCGAGGCACAGAUUUGUGAGGACAAGGUAAUGAAGCAGGAAGAGUUUCAAUUUGACAUGGAGUGUGAGGAAUCUGAUUUAUUCCAAAAUUCAGAAGUGAAGAUGGCUGCUAAACCACAAGUUGCUUCUGUGUUUAAAGUUGGUAAUGGUCAGAACAUACUCUCUCAACUAGUGGCAAAUCACAGAGAUCUGAUCCAGGGACAAGUGCCAGCAAUAUCGAUGCUCUCCACGUCCCUAAGAAGUGUUAACCUUGGUGAGCAGGGUUGGCGACAUCAAGGUGCAGCAACAAAGGGCAGUUGUUUGGCUGGUAAAUCAACUGGGAACAGGAGCGUGAAUGAACAGUUGCCUACUAGUGCAAAUUUUGUGAAGCUGGCAGAUAUGAAUGAGGAGGAGUGGGUGCGGUUCCUUGAUAUUUUCCAGAAGCUUCUGUACGAAGCUGUCUCCAAUCGCAGAUUAGGGAAUGCGAAUCAGAAGCAGAGACAGAGGCUUGGUACUUCAUGCCAGUUUUGAAUCUAAUAUACAUAUGGUUGAAUAAGAAAGAAGAAUAAGACUUUGAGCCACUUGUGCCGAAGGUUCCUGGUACGUAGGCUUUCCUAACUAGGUCGUGGUCGUGUUUGGAAGUGACUUAAUUUCACUUUCUGUAAAUACGCAUCUUGUCAGAUUGACGAGGGCUGCGUUUAUUAUGUUAUGGAGGUGAGGGAAAUAUGUUCUUAAAAAUGGCAGAGGGUAAGAAGUGUGUUCCUUUUUUGUUUAUAUAUUUUUCCUUUGGUAAAGUCGGUCAAAUAAAAAUCCAGAAAGAGAUGGGAAGGGACUUUAUCUUUAUCUACCUGUUUAUGGUAAAGAUGCAUGACAUGCGGGCUUGUUUGGAACGACAAAU